AUGACUAGCAGAGAACCUUCGUCACCCAACGAGUCUGACACUCCGUUAUUGAAUAACGAGCCGGCAAUAAGUAUACGCCGCAUGAAGCAAGUCCAUAUUGAUCGCUCCACCAGGAAAAAACUCGGGAUUCUACUGUUAUCGGUUGUCAUUGUCCUCUGGGUUUCCAGCUCCUUCUUGACUUAUGCUAUAUUCUCUGAUGACUCUUAUACAAAGCCAUAUUUUGUGACAUACCUCAAUACAUCGGUGUUCUGCUUCUAUUUGAUGCCAUGGGCAUCAAGGAAAGCGCUCGUUCGAUGGAGAAGCAAUGAUGCGGAGGGUUGGGCGGAGGACGCUGUGGGACGUUGCGAAUAUCGUCCAGUUACGCAAGACUGCGAACAGUCGGAAGAUGCGGCGAAUGCCCCUGGCAGGGUGGGAAAAUUGGGAAUUAGGGAGACCAUGAGGUUGAGUGCUGAAUUUUGUUUGAUGUGGUUUAUUGCAAACUAUUUUCAAAGCUACUGCUUGAAAUGGACGUCAGUAGCUAGUUCAACCAUCUUAAGUUGUACCAGCAGCAUCUUUACUUUAACCCUUAGUGCGCUUCUCAGGAUCGAACGAUUCUCUUGGACAAAAUUAUUUUCAGUGUUUCUCUCGAUCGCUGGUAUAUCACUUAUAUCCAGUAUCGAUUUCGACAGCCACAAGGAAUCAGUAGCAGGUAAAUAUGAUAAAACGCCAGCGGAAAUCAUGCUUGGUGAUGGCAUGGCAUUAUUUGGAGCUUUUUCAUACGGGGUCUACACUACACUGCUCAAGGUACGCGUUGGACAUGAAAGCAGGGUCUCGAUGCAAAUGUUUUUCGGCUUCGUUGGUCUAUUUAAUCUCCUUGGUCUAUGGCCCGGCCUGUUUCUUUUACAUGCCAUGGGGGUGGAGAAAUUCCAGCUGCCGCCAGAUAAUAGAGUAUGGUGGAUUGUUGCCAUCAACGCACUUAUCACUCUUGUUUCUGACUAUUGUUGGGCAUAUGCCAUGCUCCUUACAACUCCCCUCAUCGUCACUGUUGGUCUCAGCUUGACCAUUCCCCUCGCGCUGCUGGGACAAAUGCUCUUACAUCAAAAUUCUCCGAAAUUUCUUUAUUGGGUUGGGGCGGCGCUAGUCCUCGUCGCCUUUCUCUUCAUUAAUAAUGAAAGUGAGACUUUAGAUGCAGUAAUAGAAAAUGAGGCAGCAGGGGAAUUCGCCGUCGAACAUGACCGAAUAGAUUAG